AUGGCAGAUCGUGAGCCAGCAUACGAUCCCUGGCCAGCUGGUGGAUCAGCUGAGGACCGACACCAAGCAAAGAUGGACAGAAUAAAUAAAGACAUGGAUGCUGCAAAGGCGGCGAUGAAUGACAACAUCAGAUUAGCGAACACUCGUGGCGAAAACCUUGAUACUCUCCGAGAUAAGACUGACCAUCUGCAAAAUCAAUCUCAAAGUUUUCGAAAAGGUGCAAACAGGGUUAGGAAGCAGAUGUGGUGGAAAGACAUGAAGAUGCGAAUUUGUAUCAUCGUUGGCAUCAUCAUCCUUCUCAUUGUGAUCAUUGUACCAUCUGAGCGAGAUCAGAUCGGCCAGGCAUACAGAUACAAUUGCAGCUGCCGCAUGUCGGUGAGCAGUAUGAUAGCAGUUCGACCAGCUUCACAGGCAGCAUCUCAAGCUGUCCGCUGCUUGGUGCGGUCUUGUGCUUCACCUGCUCUUCGUCAAACAUGCAAACUCUCACAGCGGUCCAGUCUUCUGUAUCUAGCCCACCGAGACUAUUCCUCUCCUUCUGAGCAUCAUCUUUCCACUCGGUCUACGGUGGUCCAGCUACUCAGCAAUAUUGGGUCAAAGAGGGAGGUCCAGCAAUAUCUAUCACAUUUCAGCUCUGUUUCCUCUCAACAGUUUGCUGUGAUAAAAGUCGGAGGCGCAAUCAUUACGGAGCAUCUACAGACCCUUUCUUCGGCACUCGCGUUCCUGAAUCAUGUCGGACUCUACCCGGUGGUCGUUCAUGGAGCAGGACCACAAUUGAACAAGCUGCUAGAGGACUCUGGUGUUAAGCCCCAGUUUGAGGAUGGUAUUCGGAUUACAGAUCCAAAGACCCUAGGGGUGGCCAGAGCGUUGUUCUUGGAAGAAAACCUAAAACUAGUGGAGGAGCUUGAAAGGCUGGGCGUACGAGCUCGCCCGAUCACAUCAGGUGUUUUUUCAGCGGACUAUCUAGACAAGGAGAAGUACAAUCUGGUGGGAAAGAUUAACAAAGUUGACAACAGGCCCAUUGAGGCGGCGAUUCAGGCCGGGUGCCUUCCUAUUCUGACUUCCAUGGCGGAAACAUCGGCUGGGCAGGUGCUCAAUGUCAACGCAGAUGUCGCUGCCGGCGAGCUUGCUCGAAGUAUCCAACCUCUCAAGAUUGUCUACCUCUCUGAAAAAGGAGGCCUUUUUAAUGGCGAUACCAAGGAGAAAAUCUCGGCAAUCAACCUUGAUGAAGAGUACGACCAUCUGAUGACUCAGUGGUGGGUACGGCAUGGGACGAGACUAAAGAUUAAAGAAAUGAAGGAGCUAUUGACAGAUUUGCCAAGAAGUUCAAGUGUGGCUAUCAUUCAUCCAGCUGACCUUCAGAAAGAACUGUUCACGGACACUGGGGCUGGUACACUGAUCCGACGAGGAAACAAGGUACACGUGAACACUUCCUUGUCUGAAUUCGAAGACCUAGAGAAACUUAAAGAGGUCCUCGUGCGAGAUCGUGAGGGUCUCGACUCGAAAGCCGUUGUUGACCGCUACUUGAAAAGCUUGGAAGACAGAGAUUUCCGAGCGUAUUUUGAUGAGCCCAUGGAGGCACUUGCCAUCGUCCUGCCGCCUCAGCAAAACGCGUCGAUUGCGCACCUGGCUACGUUCACAAUCACGAAAGCUGGAUGGUUAACGAACGUUGCGGAUAAUGUGUUUGCAAGUAUUAAAAAGGAUUAUCCUAUGCUUAUGUGGACUGUCAAGGAAGACGAUGAGAAUUUGACCUGGUUCUUCGAUAAGGCGGAUGGCAGCCUUUCCAAAAGCGGUGAAGUUCUGUUUUGGUACGGCAUCGAAAAGAGCGAUGACGUCAAAGAACUUAUGCUCGAAUUCACGAAGCAUGGGAGGAAGAUGUUCGGAGACAUCAACCUGGAAUCAAGGUUGCAUCGGGCAUUCAGGACAGUAUCAAACGUUAUGGCUAGCGCCACGAAUGUGCAACAAGCCAGGGCAUACUCGUCGGCUGCAAGUCCGUUGCACUCAUAUCGAUUAAUCCGAAGGCAACUUGCGCAGACAUCGCCGGGUCGUAGCUACGCGACCACCACCAACCCAAACCCUCCAUUAGGCGACAAGAACAAUUCCAAUUCUCGACCAGCAAAAGUGGCUUUGAUCGGCGCCCGGGGCUAUACCGGUCAAGCUCUUAUUGAUUUACUAAACCAUCAUCCAAACAUGGACUUACAACACGUCUCAUCACGAGAACUAGCAGGUCAAAAACUGAAGGGUUACGAGAAGAAAGAAAUAACCUACGAGAAUUUGAGUGCCGAAGACGUGAGACGCAUGGCAGAAGAUGGUCAGAUAGAUUGCUGGGUAAUGGCACUGCCGAAUGGCGUUUGCAAACCAUUUGUUGACGCUAUCAACUCCGGCUCCAAGAACAGCCUCGUGAUUGACUUGAGUGCUGACUAUCGAUUUGACUCUGAAUGGACAUACGGCCUACCGGAGCUGAUCGACCGGUCAAGAAUCGCAAAGGCAACCCGUAUCUCAAAUCCUGGAUGCUAUGCGACGGCGGCUCAGCUUGGAAUUGCGCCUCUUAUUCCGUAUCUUGGAGGGCAGCCGACGGUAUUUGGUGUUUCCGGCUACUCUGGUGCCGGGACCAGACCCAGUCCCAAGAACGACGUACAAAACCUGACAAACAACAUCAUUCCGUAUAGUCUGACGGACCAUAUCCACGAGAAGGAAAUAUCUGCGCAGCUUCAGGAGGACAUUGCUUUUGUACCUCACGUCGCGGUAUGGUUCCAGGGAAUACACCAUACUAUAAGCAUUCCACUGAAGGACGAGAUGAGCUCAAGAGAUAUUAGAACGCUGUAUCAGGACAGAUAUGCAGGAGAGAAGCUUGUCAGGAUCAUUGGGGAGCCGCCGCUAGUCAAGAACAUUGCUGGACGCCAUGGCAUAGAAAUUGGCGGUUUUGCUGUCCAUUCAAGCGGAAAGAGAGUGGUGAUCUGUGCUACGAUUGACAAUCUGCUAAAAGGGGCUGCCACACAGUGUCUCCAAAACAUGAACCUUGCACUGGGAUAUUCGGAAUACGAGGGCAUCCCUCUGGAAAGAUAG